AUGAGUGUGCAUGCAACACAGGAAGAGUGGUACAAAGAGAUGCUCCGACUUCUUGACGCAUUUUGGGAAGUGUGGUACUCUGACUACCUUUCUGCAUUGCGAGAACGUCAACAACUCCGCAUACGGCAGGCCCAAGUCCUCUGCAAUAACACCGCAGCGACAGCAACAUCAGUCGCCAGAAGUCGCCGUUGUGAGCGUAGCCGACUUCAUUGCAUUCUCGCUUAG